AGAAUUCAUGAUGGUACUUUAGUAUCGCAUGAUAACUUAGGUACAUAUUGAGGCGGUAGGAUAGACCAGCCGGAUUUGGUCGCGAUCUUCUGUCCAUGCGACUGCUGUCUGUGUAUUGCGUCGAGCUCAACGGCUCCGCCCUAUCGACUGCGCAAUGCUCCCAACUCUUAGCCCUACAAGGUGCAUCAACGCUUCCUUAACCAUUUCCAGCUACACAUGCCCGACCAUAACGUGAGUUUACGCAGGGUCUCAGCUGAUACUACUGCUGUUAUGCAUGACGAAGGUGCUGCAUCUCGCAGGGGGUCACAUCCGAGGCCUCGGACGCUGGAAUGAGGUAGAUGUCGUGCUAUUCGUGCUGCAUUUAAUGUUCGUAAUGACUGUGGCGGCCUGUUCCGUGGUUGUGGCGGGGGUCGCCUCACUGCACCACUCGUCUGCGUCUCUGAUAAUCGGUGCGAGUGUCGCGGUCGCUGCCUGGUGCUUCUACGCUGUCGAGACUUUGUAUGAGUUUCUGCAGUAUAAGAGAGGAUCCAAGGUUGUCACUCUGGUUGUGGUACUGACUGCUAUUGAGGAGUUGAUGUGGAAAGGGAGACCGGUACAGUCCGAUAUGUUAGUGGUGACGUUGGUGCAUUGGAAGGCGAUAAUUUCGGUAUUUGUGGCGGUAUUUGCAGUGCUCAGAGCGUUCACUUAUCAACAGAAUGACUUUAGCACUGGAGAUUACGAGAAUUUAAAGAAGACGAUGGAGAAUCCACUGGAUCGUGUUGGAUGGUUCUCUCAACUCUCGUAUCAUUGGAUCUCUCCAUUUAUUGCAUUGGGGAAGAAGCGGCGACUGGAAAUGGAGGACGUUCCUAACCUCCCAUUACGCGACAACACGUCUGUGGCUGCUGAAAGAUUUAAGAAAGAAUUGCAGCGAGAAUUUCGUGAGUAUCGGGUCUCGGAUCGGUCUUUCUUGCGUGUAACCCGGCGGCUGUACGGUGCUGAAGUGAUGAUGUUUGCUGUAUGGUCAACUGUGAACAAAGCUAUCGGACUAUUGAGUCCGUUGUUGCUUAAACUCUUCUUAGACUGGGCCGAUUCAUCGAAUCCGUCGCUCUCCGAGGGCUACUAUCUCGCUGCUGCGAUGGUAACCAGGUCGAUUCUUUCAGCUGUUUCAGGUACGCAAUACAAUCUCGCGUGGAAGAGGUUUGAUUUACGAGUACGAGCUGGACUGGUAUCUGCGAUAUACGCUCGAACAUUGGAGUUAUCGGGACAGGGACGACGUGAGGCUGGAGGACUCGGGCGUAUCACUAACCUGCUGUCAGUUGAUGUGGGACGGAUUAUCGGUAUGCCCAGUACUUUAUUCGAUAUGGUACUGAUCCCAGCGGAGAUCGCAGUCGCUCUCAUUCUACUGAGUAAAGCCGUCUCUGUCGCUUUCGUCGCUGGUGUGGCAGUACUGGCAGUCAUGCUACCGCUACAGACUGUUUUGGGCCGUAAAAUUCAGAGCGUCACGGUAGAUAUGAUGCGAUUCCGUGACGAACGCGUAGGUCUCGCAGCUGAAAGUCUCAAGGCGGUUCGAACGUUGAAGCUAUUGGGAUGGGUGACGUCGCGUCUUGAGUGUAUGAGCAAGAGUCGAGCGCUGGAGAUGGGGAGAUUGCAAGUGCGCAAGUAUUUGGACGCCUUCUGCGUCUUCUUCUGGGCGUCCACGCCGGUGAUUGUACAGGUCUCAGUCUUUGCCACUGCAGUCUUCUCUGGUCGAGACGUUUCAGCUGCAGAUGCCUUCACGGCGAUAGCAUUGCUAGAUCGACUCAUCUUCCCUAUGAACUAUUUCCCGUGGAUUAUCAAUGGAUUUCUAGAAGCAAAAGUGUCAGCGCUACGUAUUCGCGGCUUCCUAUUUGACAAAGAAGCAAAUGAGAAUACUAUUUUGGAAGAUAAUUACGAACCUCAAUCCAGUUCAUGUGAAGAAGUCGUGAGUAUCCAGGACUAUGAGUGUGCGUGGAACUUUAUUAAAGAUGACACUAAGGAGGACGAUACUGAUCGAUCAAACGCAGAGACACCCCUUCUAAUAGAGGAUUGCUCUUCGUCUCCGUCAUCUCGAUUUGUGCUACGUAUCAAGCAGCUACAACUACGACCUGGAUCGACUUACGUUGUGUGUGGCCAAGUAGGUUCUGGUAAAUCGUCGCUUUUGCUCGCAUUACUUGGUGAAAUGCCAGCCUGGUCGAGUAAUUCUACGGGUUCAUACAAGCGUCGAACGUCUUCAUGUUGCUCAUACUCUCCCCAGACUCCAUGGCUGUUCAGUGGGAGUGUGCAAGCCAACGUUACGCUGACCAACCAAGAUCGUGUUGAUCGUGAUAGAUAUGAGCGCGUUCUGCACGCCUGUGAGCUCAACGUGGAUCUUCGCAGUAUGAGACGUCCGUACAACGUGGCCGAGAGUGGCAGUAACUUCAGUGGCGGUCAACGCGCUCGAAUCAACCUCGCUCGUGCUCUUUAUCAGCGAGCAAAUCUCUACUUAUUGGACGAUCCACUAAGCGGUCUGGACGUGACUACAGCCAGUAGAGUGGUGACCAACUGCUUCAUGUCGAGCUCAAGGAUCUUCCCUGAACAUGCCGCAGUAGUUAUUGUGACCCACUCGCUUCAUCUGCUACCGCUUUUCCCGACAGACACACAGAUCCUCGUCAUGGACGAUGGCUACAUUAUUGAACAGGGAACUUACAACAGUCUCAAGACAAAAGACCCUCCCAGUCGCUUAAUGACGCUGUUAAAGACGCCUCCAAACGAAGAAAGGGACAGUAACAUAACUCAAACAACUGAGGAAACUAAAGAAGAUGAAUCUGAGAACGCGACGGAAGACCAGUCAUCAGACGAAGAGGAACAUCGUGAGUCUGGUGUGGUAGGCUGGCACGUUUGGAUAGCCUAUUCGAUGGAUCUAGGCUGGGUACUCUCGAUUGUCAUCGUCCUGGCUGUAGCAGCCAUGCAGACCUCUCGCAACGCGCUGGAUUGGUGGAUCGCUGUGUACACGAAUGGCAGGCAUUCGAUCACCCCAAGAGAGUUUGCAACCGUACUGCUGUACAUCGCUGGAGCCAACAUCUCUGCUGUAUUUUUCCGCUCUUUUCUCUUCGCCUACGGUGGUCUACGUGCCGCUCGAGCCACGUACAACAAGCUGGUACAGAGCGUGUUUGCCGCUCCUUUGUGGUUUUUUGAACGUACACCCACCGGCCGUGUUCUCAAUCGAUUGAGUGGAGACACGUACGCUGUUGAUGAAUCUUUACCCUUCACUCUCAAUAUUUUCCUGAGAGAUGCAGCGGACGUGGUAGGCGCGCUGGUUAUUCUGUUUUACGGGAACCGGUUGGUGUUAGUGCUGCUGGUACCGCUUAGCGUCCUGUACUUCCACUUACAGCGUGACUACCGUCCAAGUUCGCGGCAUCUCAAGCGACUGGAUGCGGCUACUCAGUCUCCACUACUGGCCAUGUUUACCGAUACGUUGGACGGCCUUACCGUACUCCGUGCCGCAAGGAAGCAACAGCAGUAUAUCCACGGGUAUGGAGUGCGUUUGAAUCGUAGUCAACGAGUCUCGUUUCUCAGCUCAACCACAGGCGCGUGGUUCGGGCUGCGUCUUGAUAUGCUUGGCGUCUGUGUCACCUCCUUCGUCGCUGUAUUCGCCGUAGCUGACUUCAAUAUAACGGGCACUGUGAACCCUGGUAUCCUGGGUCUUACCCUCACGUACGCUCUUCCGAUUGUGGGGAAACUCAACGCCAUUCUCAAUAGUUUCGUGGAUUCUGAACGUCAGAUGAUCGCUGUCGAACGCGUCAAAGAGUACACAGAUCUGGAUCCUGAAGAAGCUGUGGUUGGAGCUGAAGACACGGGUAAAUUGCCCAAUGUCUGGCCUACAGCGGGUCAUAUUUCGAUCAAGGCUUUGACUGUAACUUAUGGUUCAUCAACUCGAAGCUUUGCCACGGUUGAAGGCGACUGGGAGUGGGUGGGGCCACGAGUAGCAGCUCCAGCGUUGAAAUUCGUCACGUGUGAGAUCCCCGCGGGUCAGAAACUUGGCAUCUGUGGACGUACGGGUGCUGGGAAGUCUACACUACUGAGCGCGCUCUUCCGAGCUGUUCCUUGGGAACAGAGCGGUAGUAUCACGAUCGACAACGUGCCUUUGGACUCUCUUGGUCUUCAAGAUCUGAGAUCAAGACUUACGUAUAUCCCCCAAGAUGUGGUGCUCUUCUCGGGAACAGUGCGUUCCAAUCUCGAUCCGAGCGGAGUGUUGGAGGAUGAACGGCUUUGGGCGGUGCUACGUAAGUGUGGAGGACUGGUGAAUGCGAUCGCUAAGCUAGAUCGUGGUUUAGAUACUGUCGUUGGAGGUGCUGAAGAGCAAGCUGCUACUUUUAGUCAAGGACAAGCUCAGUUGCUAUGCAUUGCCAGAGCGCUACUGCGACCAUCAAAGGUUCUUUGUAUUGAUGAGGCCACAGCGUCGAUCGAUCAUGAGACUGAACGAGCCAUUUCAGAUGCUAUUGCUUCCGAGUUCGCGACGUCCACAGUCCUGACAGUGGCUCAUCGUAUUCAAACGAUCAUGCACUGCGACCGAGUAUUGUUGCUCGACAAAGGCCGCAUCGCUGAAAGUGGAGACCCGAAAGAGCUGGUGAAAAACCCGCAGUCGUUAUUUUACCGAUUAGCGAACUCUGCGAGUGAGAAUGGGCUGUUGUGAGCAGAGAUUUUUUUUCGGACGCGCUCUUUCUAACAUUUCUUUGACAAAUACUGGUCAUGCGAAAAAUAUUAUCCAAGUAGCAUGAGAAAACCCAAUGGACAAUAAAGCAGACCAUGACAUACGCGAACU